UUCCAGGUUAUGGGCUACUGGUACUUUGGCUCCACCUGGUGCUCCUUCUACCUGGCUCUGGACGUCCUGUUUUGCACUUCUUCAAUUGUCCACCUUUGUGCCAUCAGUCUGGACAGGUACUGGUCUGUUACUAAAGCCGUGAGCUACAACCGCAAACGGACGCCAAAGCGGAUCAAAGUGAUGAUCAGCAUCGUGUGGCUCAUCUCCAUCAUCAUCUCGUCUCCACCCCUCCUCAUGUCUCAGGCGGGGAUCAGGGUGGAGGAGCGGGACGGGAGUGAAAGGCGUAAGCAGGAGUGUCUGAUCAACAACCAGACGUGGUACAUCCUGUCGUCCUGCAUGGUGUCCUUCUUCGCUCCCGGAGUCAUCAUGAUCCUUGUUUACUGUAAGAUCUAUCGGGUUGCCAAGCAGCGAGCCUCCACCGUCUUUGUGGCAAAGAACAUGAUGGAGAGACAGCCGUCGCAGUCUGAGACCUGCUUUGUGGGCGGGGCUCUGGCUGACCAAAGACGCAUCCAGUACGAGCUGGACAGCCCGCUGCCCGGCGGCCACCGCAGCUCCUCCGGAGAGAACCAGAAAGGAGAGCUGGACGAUAUUGACCUGGAGGAGAAGCGCAGUGACACAAAGCGCUCCCUGCGCCUCCCCCGGAGGAGCCGUGGGAGGGUGAAAACCGAGCAGGGGACAGACCUAGACGAGACAGCAAACAGGUUAAAGCCCCCUCCGCCCUCCUCCUGCCCCUCCACCUCCUGGACCUCCUCUGAUCAGUGCUCCCAGCACUUCCUCCUCCCCUCCCCUGUGCCGCUCCGGAGCAGGCAGGCGUCCCUGUCCAAAAACAAAGUGGCCCAAAUGAGGGAGAAGCGCUUCACCUUCGUUCUGGCCGUGGUGAUGGGAGUGUUCGUGCUCUGCUGGUUCCCCUUCUUCUUCACCUACAGCCUCCACGCCAUCUGCAGGGAGAACUGCACCAUCCCCGACACGCUCUUUAACCUCUUCUUCUGGAUCGGCUACUGCAACAGCUGCCUGAACCCCAUCAUCUACACCAUCUUCAACCGGGACUUCAGAAGGGCCUUCAAGAAGAUCCUGUUCCACAGCCACAAAGGGACGUGAGCGCCUGAGUGGGGCGGGCUGAUGGGCUUCCACUCCUGUUUUUCACUGUGCUGUCAUAUCGACAUUAAA